GGGAACUGGGGGUCCAGCCGGCAGAGGUUCCGCGGCCGCCUGACUGGCUGACUGGCUGGCUGGCUGACUGGCUGACUGGUUUCGGCGGCCUCUGGACUCUUGGAGCUGCCUGCGGGGCGGCGCGGUGAGCGGAGCCAUGGCCUCGGAUGACUACAUUUCAGCACUUUUUAUAUUCAGGAAGAAUGUCAUUUCAUUGCUGAGCACUGAGGAAGGAAGUGGGUAUAACCCGUAUAUAGAGAUAACUGAACAACCCAGGCAGAGGGGCAUGCGUUUUAGAUACAAGUGUGAAGGGCGAUCAGCAGGCAGCAUUCCAGGAGAGCACAGCACAGACAACAACCGAACAUACCCGUCUAUCCAGAUUAUGAACUAUUGUGGAAAAGGAAAAGUGAGAAUCACAUUAGUAACGAAGAAUGACCCGUAUAAACCUCACCCUCAUGAUCUAGUUGGAAAAGACUGCAGAGAUGGUUACUAUGAAGCAGAAUUUGGACAAGAACGCAGACCUUUGUUUUUUCAAAAUUUGGGUAUUCGAUGUGUAAAGAAAAAGGAAGUAAAAGAAGCUGUUGUUUCACGAAUAAGGGCAGGAAUCAAUCCGUUCAGUGUCCCUGAACAGCAGCUGCUUGAUAUUGAAGAUUGUGAUCUCAAUGUGGUGAGACUGUGUUUUCAAGUUUUCCUCCCUGAUGAACAUGGUAAUUUGACAACUGCUCUUCCUCCUGUAGUCUCUAACCCAAUUUAUGACAACCGUGCUCCUAACACCGCAGAAUUAAGGAUUUGUCGUGUAAACAAAAACUGUGGAAGUGUCAGAGGAGGAGAUGAAAUAUUUCUACUCUGUGACAAAGUUCAGAAAGAUGACAUAGAAGUUCGUUUUGUGUUGAACAACUGGGAAGCAAAAGGUAUCUUUUCACAAGCUGAUGUACACCGUCAAGUAGCCAUUGUUUUCAAGACUCCACCAUAUUGCAAAGCUAUAAUGGAACCAGUAACAGUAAAAAUGCAGCUGCGGAGACCAUCUGACCAGGAAGUUAGUGAAUCUAUGGAUUUUAGAUACCUGCCAGAUGAAAAAGAUACAUAUGGCAAUAAAGCCAAGAAGCAAAAAACAACGCUACUGUUCCAGAAACUAUGGCAGGAUUGUGCAGUUAAUUUUCCUGAAAGACCAAGACCUGGAGAAGGACGAUUCAUCAAAAAAGAAUCAAACUUAUUUUCCCAAGGUGCAGUUUUGACAGAAACGUCCAGGCCUUCAGGAAUUUCAAGUCAAGUAGAAUCCUACUAUUCCCCACCUGUGUCCAUCACAAGGGCAUUGUCACAUCAUGCUUCAGUCAUACCCUCAGUGGUGCCUCAGCCUUCUUCAAGCUGGUCAUCAGUCGCCCACUCCACCUCACACUCAGUCAGUACAAAUCCACUGAAUAGUUUUUCAACAGGGACACUUUCCUCUAAUUCACAAGGUAUUCCACCAUUCCUGAAAAUACCUGUUGGGAGUGAACUAAAUGCUUCUAAUGCUUGCAUUUUUAACAAUACUAAUGAAAUAGGCAGAAUGGAAUCAUCAUCCAUGUCACCAGCUGACUUAUAUGGUAUUCCUGAUGCCAACGUGCUGCCUAAUUGCCCUGUGAAUAUGAUGACACCCAGUAAUGACAGCAUGAGGGAGACUGAUAAUUCGAGACUUGUGAGCAUGAAUCUUGAAAACUCCUCAUGUAAUUCAUUGUUAGAGCCAGGAGACUUGAGACAGCUUCAUCCGAUGUCUUCUUCCAGUAUGUCAGCAGGCUCCAGUUCCAGUACUGCUGCUUUUGUUUCACAGUCAGAUGCAUUUGAGGGAUCAGCCUUCAGUUGUGCAGAUAACAGCAUGAUAAAUGAGUCGGGACCAUCGAACAGUACUAAUCCAAACAAUCAUGGUUUUGUUCAAAGUAGUCAAUAUUCAAGUAUUGGCACUAUGCAAAAUGAGCAGCUGAGUGACCCAUUUGCCUAUGAAUACUUUUAAAUAUAAUUCCCAAGAUUUAAAUCCUUUUACAUGUUUUCAGUCAUUUUAGUAUUACCUGUUAGGAUGCAGCAUUUUAUAUUUGACCAAGAUGAUAAUAUAGUCAGAUAUUCAAAGGGUUUUUGUUUUGUUUUUAUUUUGUUUUUGAGAGGUGAUAGUCCAAAAAUUUCUUUUUCAGAGAAGAGUAUAAAACUUUGGGUACAUAGAAUAUAAAAUUAAGAACUGUCAUAAAAAGAAAAUUCAGAAAGAGAAUCCUAAAAGGGCUUUACUGUUUCUUCUUUUGAAACACGUGACUGAUACUGUGUGUGGUGUGUUGUACCACAUUUCUCAGGAUGGACUCUGAGGAGAACAUUAGAGCAAAGCUCCAGUUUUUCCAAAUAUGCUUUUAUACUUCUUUUAUAAUGUAUUAAUGCAUUCUUAGGUAAAUGAAUUAACUGAUAUUUGCUUUCAAGCAAAUUUAAGGUAAAACCUGUAAUGGCUAUGUCAUUGUAAAAAUAAAUUCUGUAUUAUUUUUGAGGCCCAUGGGCCAAGGUGACCCCUAAGGGGUUUUCGGAGGCUUCUUGGAGUUUCUUAGAUUUAUGUGUAAAUCAAAACUUCUCUAAAAUGCUAAGUUGGACAGAAGGCAGUUGAAGUGAACUUUCAAGAUAUAGAAGGUUCUCUACAUUUUGGACUAUUUAAAUCCAGACUUCUAAAAUUGCUUAUGAUUUUUAAGGGGAAGAUGUUUCCUUGGACCUCUUUCUUCUAUGUCCUUACUCUGUGAUCUCAUCCAGUUUCAUGGCUUUGACAAUUGUCUAUAUGCUGUGAACUCCCAAAUUUUAUCUCUAGCUACUACAGAACUCCAGACUUUGUCUCACAUGUGAAAAACUGCCUGUUUGACAUCUCUACCUAGAUAUUUAAUAAAGCUCAAAUGCAGCAUAACCAAAACUGAAUUCCUGAUCUUCCCUCCCAAACUUGCUUUUCCAGUCUUCCCAACUCAGUAAAUGGCAAUGCCAUGCUUCCAGUUGCUCAGACCAAGAACCUUGGGGUCAUCCUUGAUUCUUUUUUUUUUUUUUUUUAAUCCUCUGCGCAAUUCAUCAGCAAAUCUGCUAGGCCCUACCUUUGGAAUAUAUCCAAAGCUUACCACCUCUUUUGUUCUCUACUGUUAAUACCCUGUUCCAAGCCCCUGUCAUCUCUUGCCCGAAUCGAAGCCAUAGCCUCUUAAAUCCUCCUUACACCCUUGUGCCCCUACAGUCUGUUCUCCAAAAGUAGCUGGAGUAAUUAUUUUUGAAACAAGUCAAAUCAUAUCGUUCAUUUGCUCAAAACCAUCCAGUGGCUCCCCAUUUCAUUCAGAGCGAAGGCCAAAGUCCUUAAAAUUAGCAGGUCAAUACUCGCCUUUCCUAUCUCACCUACUACAAUUAUUCCCCUGCUCAUUUAACUCCAGGCACUCUGGCCUCAGAGCUCCUCCUCAGAAACACCCAGCAUGCUCCUGCCUCAGACCCUUUGUGCCUGGAGUGCCCACUGCCUCCAGCGCUCUUUCCCCAGAUAUAGUAUAGCCCACUCUGACACCCUUCAGGUCUCACUCACCUGGUCACAGCCUUCCUUGACUAUCGCGCAUGAUAGCAAUCCCUGCAUGUCUGCACUCCCUGUCUCCCUGCUUUAUUUUUGUCCGUAGCUUAUGACAAUCAGACUUUACUAAGCAUUUUGCUUUGUUUACUGUUUGUUUUCCUGUACUAGAAUAUAAGCUCCAUAAGGGAAGACAUUUUUAUCUCUUUUGUUUACUGCUGUAUCUGGUAGUAUCUAGAACAGUGUCUGCCUCAUAGUAAGCACAGUAAAUAUUUAUUGAACAUUCAAACUACUGUCAUAGAAUUUCGUUUCUUGGAAAAAGAAUUGUUUUAAUUAUUAGGUGUUUAUGUUUUUUAUAAUUCUGUUUAAUGUGGCAUUGGGUUUAUAUCAGAAUUAUGUGCGUUCAAGUCCAGGAUUAAUAAUGUUAAUACAAGCUGCCUGAAAGCAAGUAAUCCCAGUGGCAAAAUGCUGGUAGAAUUUGGGCCAUAAUCCUUAUUGCCAAUGGAAUUGUCAUGAUGCUAAGUAACUAACUUACUAAACUAGUUUAUCUUACAACAGAACCUACCCUAAUAUUGAACAUACACCUAACUAGAAACAAUGUGCCAUUUCAUUUAUACAGUAUACAGCCAAACCAUAACUUAACUGGAACAUUUAAAAACUAGCCAGUCCAGUUAAAAUGGGGAAUAUGUGAUUGCCUUCUAAGUAAAAAUAAAAAUUCUGAGUUGAUCGAUACUGGAAAAUUGGAAGAAGAGCAAGCAGGAAGAUGAGCUCAUCUCUAGUUCUUAAACAUGGUAUCCAGAUUGAUAAGACAUGGGGCCAGGAUAGUUCAGGAAGCAAAAGAUUCAAGACACCUAACUCAGUACCAUUAAUAUUUAUCAGAAAUGAUGAUUUCAAAAGAAAAAUACUUAUAUAAUACUAAAAUAUCAUAAGAGCAUAUUAUUAUGUGCAGCACAUAUAUGUAUAAUAAUAUUAGUAGAACUUACAAAGGAAAAAGAAAAACCUGAAGGCACAAUUUCUUUCCUGUCUAAGAUAUGAACCCAGGAUAUCUCCAGAUGGUGGUUGAUGAGUGGUGGGCUUUUUUUUUUUUUUUUUUUAAUUCAGAAUUCUAUAAUUAGCAUUGGUCCACUUAAACUAAUACUAUUGGAAUAUCUAAAUGGAUUUUUUAAGUUAAGUAAGCAAUUGGCUUGUUUUGCAGUUUUUUUCUGUGUAAGCUGAACUAAUGUAUGGUUCACAUCUAUGUUUAGAGUAUUUCCAGUGGAUUUUUUUUUUUUCCAUUUUUCAGGUGCAAUUUACUGAUCAUAGAAUUUAUUUCAGAAUUUUAAGAGAAUUUGGCAAUCUGCUACCCUUCUGUCUCUACUUAAAUGUAUACCUUCACCUUACUUAUAAUACCCCACUUUCAGUUUGUCGGGAAAAGGUGUCCUGCUUCCUUUCUAAAGUCUACUUGUUCACUGGAUCGUUCCUCUUUUCUCUCUUGUCCUGUGUUUCCUGUAUCUUCACAUCACUAUUUAGUGCUUCUUUUCUUUGUAUUACCAUGGUAAGCUUCUUCUCUAGUCUAAAGAGAAAGAAAAUAAUAAUAAUCCUUUCCUACCACCGUUGUGUUCCCUCCCUUCAUAUCCAGAGUUCUGAAAUGCUCUCAGCCUCCAUUUCCUCACUUCUCCAUCAUUCCUUAGUCUAUUGAUUUCUGUCUUUAGCACCUGUUUUCUUAGAAUAUUCUGGAAAAGGUGACCAAACGCCUACCGUUGUCAAACUGUGUGUCUUUUUGAGUCCUCACCCUGACUUACCUUUCCUUAACCUUCUAUCCUAUCAGCCAUUCCUUCCUUGGAUACUCUUCCUGGAUUUCUGUGGUAGACUUUCAUUUUUUUCCAGGGUCUUAACCUUAGCCAUCAGUUGGUGCUAUUUUUCCCUCUGGGCACACUCAUCAAUGCCCACAGCUUCAACUUUCUCCACACUACCUAAAUGCCUUUGUAAACUGGCUCUUCCUCUUGCAUACUCUACUUCCAUUAAUGGCAUUACCACCACCACCCCCGACAUAUUUAAUAGGAAUCUCAAAGUCAUAUUUUAUUCUUUCUCUUACCCACUCUCAUACUUAAGCAUCAAGUCCUUUUGAUCCUCCUCUUCAAAAAUCUCUUGUCUGUCCCUUCUCCAUUCCUGGUGGGCUCUUAGUACAGGCCUACAUUCUUUUUUUCCUCAACAAGAAUCUUUUCCAUGUCCCAGUUAAAAAUACCCCAGACCCCUUUGUGUGCAGUUACAUAGUUAGAAUUCCUUGAAAAAAACAUUCUCUUUCAUUUCUUCAUGCCUUUAACAUGUUACCCACUCUGCCUCUGGCUUUUCUACAACUAAGACACUCAUCCUUUAAGACUGGGCUUCUCCUCUUUGAAGCCUGGUUCCGCCUCCCUAGUAGAGGUGCAGUUUCUACAUGUCUCCAUUACAGAACUCCUCUUACUGUACUAUAGUCAUUUAAGUGUUUUUGUCUCAUUCUUCUUUGUGCUUCCAGCACUUAGCAUAGUUCUUGACACAUAGGUGGUGCUGAAUAAAUGGUAUUUAUUAUUAGAGAGGCAAAGGUGGAACUGACAGGAAUGAUGAUAAAAAUGUCAACAGGGAUAUGGUUUUUAAAGGGAAAGGUACUUAACCUGGCAGGAAAAGCAGGAUAUCAAGAUUAUGUCAGUAUAUAAAAUACAGUUCUCUUCCUUUACCCUCCGCCUUUCUUUUCUUUACAAAUCCUCCCAUAGCCCUUUGAGAUUGAAAACAGCUCUGUUGAGAAUAGUAGUAUCAAUUGUAUUAAGGAGAAAUUCUAAAAUUAUUAGGAUUAUUUCAUAUCCCUGACAUUGCUACUUCUCUCCACUAUAUAUGGCAGAUUUAAUCAGAAGUCUCUCUCUUUGCAUUUGUCUGCACCUUACCCUGGCACAGACACUCCAGUGUUCAAUCACAUAUCAUUUUUUUUAACUAUCUAAUGUAUGAAGCACCAUGUGAAGUGCUGGAAAAGGGUACAGGGGUGAAUGAGACAAAACUCUAACUUUCAAAGAUGUUACUCUUUUUCUCUGGAUGUUAGUUGUUUUCUUUGGAGGGAUAAUGUAUAUACAGUAAAAUAUAUAAAGUACACUCAUUUUGAGUGUACUACUUGAUGAAUUUUUCAUAUGUAAAUAGCCAGAUAACCAUGUUUGGGACAUUUCCAACACACCAAAAGUUUCAUGCCCCUUCCCAAUCUGUACCUACUCCUCAAAACUACUAUUCUGACUUCUGUCAUCAAAAUCUAUUUUAAUUCCCUUUCAAAUUGAUAAGUGGUCCUCUAAGCACAACCUUAGUGGACAAAACAGCUGAGUCAUCAAUUUCUAACUUAAUACUUCAGGAAAACUAAAUAUAUUUUCCAUUUUAAGAGAUUUGGAAUUAUUGAUCCUGGCUGCCUAGUAGCAUCAAAAUAUCUUAUAUAUUGAAUUAUUGAGAGGUGAAAGAAAUUACCACAUGCUGUUAAAUAGCAUAAAGAAUUGGAAAGAAUAGGGAAUUCUUAGUCACAAGAUCUGAGUUUGAAUGUUCAGCCCUGCCACUUAAAAAAGUUAUGCAAUCUUUAGCAAAUCACACCUUCUGUAAGGUCUUAUCUCUUCAGAUAUGAAAUGCAGAUAAUUCUCAGCCUACCUACCUCACAGGAUGUGUUAUAUUAAAAUAAUGCAUAAAAAGAAACACUGUAAAUUGUAUAAUGCUAGUCAAAAAUUGUUAAUAAGCCAACAUCUGUUUCUAUCCUGUAGUCCUAAUUAAUCUCUAAUCCAAAUACUCCUCAGUUGUCUAAUACUCUGCAGAGUUAGAAAAAUCUAUAUGGAUUAGACAGAUUCUUUAGUAAGAAUCCUGAGGUUGGUUUCUCCUUAGGGGACUAGCUGUUGCCCAGAUCUGGAGAACCUUCUUUUGGUCUUAACUCUUUCUGGAACCAUUUCCUGUUGUUUAGCAAAGAUAAGGUCAUUUACUAAUGAUUUCCAAUUCUGCAAUUCUAUGACUUAAUUUCUUUGCCAUAAUUGUGUACAAACUGUUAGUAGUUUGACUGUCUUCCUAAAAGUGAGUUCCAUCAUAGCUAAUAAACUUGCCAUUGAAAGAUUUCUGAUGUGUUUUGUUUAUAGAGGUUAAGUAUAAAAUGGAGAAAAUUAGGAAGCUUGCUUUAUCUAUCACGUGAUAGAAAAUUUCCUGCUAUUUAUUCACGUGUUAAGGCCAGGAGUAGGUAGCUAAUUGGAGAUAAAUAUAUGGGUUGUCUGUAUCCUGUUUUAUGCCUUCGUUUGCCCAAGACUUAGUCAAAUUAAUAUUUUAACAAAUACAUGUUAGCAGAGUUUAAAAAGCACAAACUUAGCAGCAAAUAAAGCUGAUCUCAAAAGUGAUCAUGCCUGUCAUUUUUUUUGAUGCAUACAAAAGCAGACCAAAAAUAAAAAAAAAAAAAAAAUCAUGGCCCCAUCAUCCCCCUUAAUAAACAAAAUUCAGAUAUAAUUAAAAAAAAAUCUUUGUUUAUUCUAAAUGUCUUACAACUUCAGAAGAAAUACCAUUCAGCAAGUAUUUAUUUAAAGGGGUAGAAGUUAUCAUACUUCAGUAUUCUUAUCACUUGUUUCCACAACUUCAGUUACUAUUGGGUUUUCAAAAACUUAAAGAAUUACAGAUAAAAUUCAUUAAACAUCUGUAUUUAUACAAUAAUAUGUAAUUGAUACAAGAUGUUGGUUUUUCAAUAAAUUGAAUUUUCAGGGAUAUCAGCAGGUAAAAUAUAAAUUUUUGGUGAAAGUAUUUAUCAAACAUUUGUCUCUUCUUAAAGUGUUAUCUAAUGAAACAUUGUGGUUUUUCAUAAAUUAUGGAUAUGGUUGGAGUAUUUUGGGAUCCAGUUGAGAUUCAAUCUCAUGAGACAUCAUUGGUGACAAACGAUUUUUAUUGGGUAAUUAGAUAAUGUAGUUCACUGUUGUAGAAUUCAGGUAGCUUUAUGAUGAGAUGGAAAGGAAAACACAAGCAAAGCUUUUGAGUAGUGAGCACUCUUACAUGCAUGGUUCAGACCAGAUGAACACUUGAGAGACGACUUCUGUUUUAAAGAAUGCACUUGAAAAAAACCGUUGACGAGGAUGAAUCCCGAUUCCAGCAGAAUGGCAAUAGCCUAUUUUGUGACUGUUGUAUUUUUAUAUGCUUUAUGACUGGAGUGAAUUUGGAGGCACUGACAAAGUAAUUUUUAAAAGUUCUCAGGUACUGUUCAAUUAUAUAAUGGUAAGGUUUGCAUCAAGACGCUAUUGUUUUUACGAUGUCAAAAUGCCUUUUAUUGUACAGAAUAUUUUAUUACCUUUGUAAUAUCUUUGUAUACAGUGAUUUUCUUGCUAAUAUAAUAAAUGGUAAAAAUUCUAAAACUUUACUAAAAUGUUGCUAUUUGACUUUUAAAAUAUAAAAAUAUCAACCAUGUUUUCUUUUAUAUAUACAGUAUAUGGCACUUUACUGGGAAAGGUAACUUUAGUUGCUUAGGAACUUAGGCACUUUUAUGUAAUGCUAUGGCUGAAUAUAUUUGCAUAUGUAUCUUUGUCCUUUGAAAUGAUAAUUUUGUGUAAUACUGAAAUGCCUUUUUAAAAGAUUUUCAUUUUCUGCCUUCCUGACUUCUUUAGUGUCUUCCUCCCUUCCUGAAUAAAUCAGUUCAAAAGGCA